CCACCACCACCACCACCACUAACUAUCAUCAUCGCCGUUAACAAGAUCAUCACCAACUGGGUGUUCCCGUUCUUUCCCCAUAAUCUAUCUCCUUUCUUGAAUUCUCACGCGUUUAAAGCACCAUAUUAUCAUAUUUUGUCUGCUCGUCUGACCCGUGAUCGGCGGUCCGUCAUUCCAGCGUCUUCCUCAUCCCCAUCUCAGAUGCCUUGUUCAUCUUAUUAGCGACAACCCAGGUCUGCCUGAAAAGGUCCUCUAAUACGUAUCCCCCUCCCGUGCUACGCCACACCUCAUCUAUAUAAAAAGCAAGAAAAACAAAAACCCCUCCAACAAUAUCACCCAGAGCCAUGGCUUACUCCCUCCCCACGCCCUUUACCCCCAAUAACAACGAAUUCGCGGCCUUCGACUCAUCGCGCGUCCCCGAUGGCACUAUCUCUAUCACCGCUCUCGCCCGGUUCGAAUUCGAGGCCGGCAAGGGCAACGAUGGGACCAAGAUUUUGAUGAUCGAAUGGGAGGAUGACGACCUGGGCCGGUCCUCUGCAUCAUCGGACAGGGGCGGCUCAUGGCACGUCGCCUGGGAAGGGAAACAAGCGGUACUCCCCGCCGAUGAGAAGACCAAGGACAACACGCGCCGACUAUACUUCCUCCUCCCACCACAUGUCACCAUCCCGCCGACUGUGACGCUCUCCUACGAAAGCCCCGCGGCCGCGGCCGAUCAGCCGUAUCACAACUCGAAAGCUCCCGAGCCCCUACAUCUGAACCCCUUGCCCGCCAUCUUUCCGCCGGAGCUGGGCGCGGACGGUCGCUCCGCGGGGAAGAAGGGAGUGCUGCACACCAUCUGGGCCAAGAAGCGGCUGCAGGUGCUGGACAAGGAGAUUCACGACGAGUGCCGGACGAAUGUCGAGGGGAUCGCACUGCACAUGGCGUUGCAGGAGAAGGAGUGGAUCGAGACCAACUUCGGGGUCUCGUUGACGGAGCGCCCGCAUGCCAACAAUAACAGUCAUCCGGAUCCGAAUUAUCCAAUGGGACCUGCGACGCCGGUGUCGCCCACUACCACCGGCGGGGGGAAGCUAGGGGAGAAGCUGAAAGGACUGAAGCUGCAAACAAGCGAGAAGGAGCUGUCGCCCAAGGGAGAAGGCCACGCCGCCACCGCCCGUCAUCUGCUCUCUCCGCGAUCCCCAGAUGUGGCCGUCUCCUCCUUCACGUCCUUCCACACCCUCAACAGCAACCACAGCAACAGCAGUCCAGGUCUACAGCCUCCAGCCGAACCCCCGAUGAUCCGCCCCGUCAUCGUCCACUACCCGCCAGAAUCCCUCCAAGCCCACAGCGACCAACAACACCAUCACCACAUCGGCUUCGCCUCGAUGGGCACCGCAGCACGCUCCUCCAGCGCUGAGUCAGGCGAGGACCUCUUCGCCAAGGCCCUGAGUCCUCGCACGCCAGACCUCCCCCGGAGCCCUUUUUCCUUCGGCCCAGGCGCUUUGCAUAUGUGAUGUCUCUCCUCCCUCUCGCUGUAUAUAUUCGAGCUCUACAUCUAUCGAAGCAUGGGUGGCCUGUUCUUGUUAUCUUUGUCCUGUCCCGCACAUAUCACGCAAAGCAUGCACAAUAUCCAGGAUCUGCUUUGUCUCCUCGCGUUGAUAUGUUCAGAAUAGCCUCGUCCCUCGAUUCCGUUAUCUCUUGUCAUUCUCUCUUUUUCUUUGUUCUUAUUUCUCUUCCCUUAUUCAGCCUUAUGAUUCCCCCACAACAAACAUUAUAGCCAUCAUGUGUUUCAUAUAUGGAUUGAGUCUUCCUCUCAAAAUGAUCAUUCCAAGAUCCAAAAGACGAUUCGGGAGAAUGGGUUGUCUUCCUGUCUAUUUUUGUACAUAGAGAUCCCCGUAUUGGUGUAUGAGGCUUAGCUCCUUGUAUUAUAUGAUGCGGUAGGAGAAAGACUAUGAUACCUUCCGUUGUGAAGAAUUAUACAAG